UAUUUAUACAGUGACGCUUUGGAUUUGCAGCUCGAAUUUGAAUUCUAGUAGUCGCCUGUCCUGUUUUUCCAGGCUCGCGACGUCUGCUGAAUUGUGAAUCACGGAACAUGCUUCGAAAGUUUUCGCAUGUGUGUUAGUUUGCUUCAGUUGCUCUACGGUUUCGCUUAGGGUUUCCAAAGAGUUUGUUUCUAUUUUUCGUUUCGGAGUGUUUGGAAGCAUGAAUUUUGUAGAAUGAUCAAGUUUAAGGGCAAAGGGCAGCGGUGGUGCCGCAGAGCAGCGACGCGGAGUUCCAGAGGCAGAAGCAAUAGAAGGGUUCUUCAUUACAAUUCUGAAGCCUACACAACAGCGCUAUCCCAAUCGCAAUUCCGCUUCCCGGGACGAUCAUUACCAAACUCUACAUCGAGUUGGGCAUCAACCGAUUUGGUGCAUGGUCACUUUAGGUACUUUCGUACAAUCGUGCGGAUUCCGCGAGGCUUCGAGGUUUAGGAAUUCCUUCGACGUUUGUUUCUUCUAUCGGAAGUGUUACAGCCAUGGCCGCGGACACCUGUGAAGCAUGUGGCCUGGGGACAGUUACGAUGGACUCUGUUUACGGCAUCCUAGCCUGCGACAACUGUGGCCGAGUUUUCGACGACGUGGAGACGUAUUUGGGGUCUCACCAUCAGGCAGGGCACGUCUUGGAGCGAGGGGGUACUUAUGUUAAGCCUGGUGAGGAUGGAUCCCUGGCAGCGUGUGGGUUGGCAGGACCGCUGCUUCAUUCUUCUGCCAAUCGGGAUGAGAUGAACAGGAGAGAGGUCAUGAAGAAGAUGAAGGAGAUUACUGCAGUUUUGCGGGUACCUCAUGAAAGAGUAGAAGAUGUAAAAUUCAUGUUGGAACGAUUGUUGGAUGGAGAGUGGGGACAAGGCCGGUGGAUAGAAGUCUUGGUAGGCGCUUGUAUUUACGUGGCGAUUCGUCAGAGCCGCCUUCCUCUCACACUUGUUGAAGUCGCGUCCUCAGUCGAUUGCGGCAUUGUGGAGUUGGGGCGUAUGUACCGACGUGUGCUUGAUUCUCUUGAACUGGAAUUGCCUGAGACAGACCCAGUGGUUUUUCUGGAGCGUGCCAUUGCCUCACUUGCUAAGACAAAGGGUAUAGAACGUGAUUUUAUUCGAAAGAUGUCAAAGCAAGGUGGUCUUCUUCUGGAAUGCUCACAACAGUGGUUUAUUACAACUGGAAGGCGUCCACUGCCAGUUGUGGCAGCCGUAAUAACACUGGUGGCAGAUGCCAAUCAGAUCAAGCUGAAUCUCGACGAUGUGGUGCGGGAAGUCUAUAGUCAUCCACGAACUAGUAGAAUGCGGCUUACCGAGCUGAAGGAAGCACUUGUGGGCGUGGGCCAAAAAUUGCCGUGGGGAAAGGACAUCACUCUCAAGACACUGGAUAAGCAUUUGCCAUUCCUGCUCCAGUUCUUAGAGACGGACAUGAAGCGAGCCAAAAAGAGGAAAGGAAGUAAUCCGCAGAUGCCCCCCUCCAAGAUAUCCAGCACGAGUUCUGUGGAGUUAGGACCUUCUUGCACAAGACAGGAUGUGGAGUCACACGAUUUGAAUUCACAGAAAUCAGUUUCAGCUUGGGACAAAUCUGAGGAGGGGACAAGCACGUCAGGAAGACGGUUUUUAGUGGAUAGUAGGAGCGUCGAGUUGAAAUUAGUGCAAGCACUAAAGCGGAAGGAGGUCGAUUGGCAAGCUUGGCCGAAAUCGUUUCUUGCUAGUGAAGGCGCCCAUAGCAGGCGUUGCAAUAAAAUUCGUGCUGCAAUGGAGCGUAUUCUCAAGGCAAAGCGAGGUCUAUUGUCUAGACUGGGGAACGCCCAUUCCAAGCCUUUUCAAACUCUGUCUCCUAGCGCCUUGAAUGCGACGGGUGUUGAUAGCUCCCGAGCAAAGAAACGUAGAGUGGAUCCACCUCAAGAAAAAAAAAGUGAGCUGGACUGGGAGGAUCUUGUCAUUGAGUAUCUUCUUUUACGUGGGGUUAACCAUACACAACUGGAGGAUGGAUAUUAUAAGGCUGCUCUUGGUGUUCACUCCAUGGAAAGUACGAAACAAAUUGAUGAUGACGAUCUAUUGCCUUAUCUUCGCAGCAAAGCGGAGGUAAAAUUGCUAAGAGCAUUGCACGAUGUGGAGGAUGCCCCUUCUUUUACUUGAUCUUCGCGAUUAUUCCUUUCUGGCAUUGUCUUUAUUUCAAGAAAGUUUAGCUUAUAAAUUUUGUAUAAUGAAUGGUCAUAGCUGUUAUUAAGCUAUUGAUCCAUGUAAAGGGUUACGAAAAUAUCCACAAGUUCGUGGUAUAACGCUGAAAGAAAUUAGAAACCUUCCAAGGGGAGCACAAGUUUCUGGACAACA